AUGUCGGAUCGUGAUCUCGCCAUCAUUUGGCGGCUCCGCAUCGGUAGAAUGGCGGCGCGGGGAUACCAGAAUAGCGAUCUGCGACGGCAGGUUGGGUCUCCCAAGCCUAAGGGGCGAGAUCACAAGGAUACCCUCUGUCGCAACAUCCUCAUCUAUGGUCACUGCAGAUACGAGAACUCAGGCUGCACUUUCAAUCAUGACCAAAACAAGAACUCUACUACGACGAAUGCCAACAAUAGCACUAACACGAACGCUGUCGCGAAUAACAACGCCGCCACCGAAGCGUAG